GGGAGAAAGAGACCAGACUACACGAUGAGAGAGAACCUCAGCAGUAUGUCAUCCCAAAACAUGGCUGUUAAUGACUGCAUGAAACCAAGUGACCUGUCUGCAGGGAAAAAGGAGAUAAAGAGGAAAAACUGGAGAACCAGACUUAGACGUUUGUGGACAAACUCUUCCAAGUCAAUUCUCCAUCCAAAGAAAAAUAGAUCAUACAGGCCGAACGUUGAUGACGUGAACCAAUGGGCACAGUCACUUGACAAACUACUCGCCCAUAAAUAUGGGAAAGCUGCCUUCCACAUCUUUUUGAAGUCCGAGUUCUGUGAGGAGAACAUUGAGUUUUGGACGGCAUGUGAGGACUUCAAGUCCCUUACGUCACAAAAAGAUCUAGUGUCCAAGGCCAACAACAUCUAUGAGGAGUUCAUUAAAAGUGAAGCUCCGAAGGAGAUAAACCUGGAUUUCAACACAAAAAAUAGCAUUGAGCAGUGUUUAAAUGCACCCACUGCCACAAGCUUCCAGAUUGCUCAGAAAAAAAUCUACAGCUUGAUGGAGAAUAACUCCUACCCGAGGUUCAUCCUCUCAGACCUCUACAAGGAACUGUGCGCAGUUGCCAGUGGAAAGAGCAAGCUCGUUAAGUACUAGUCAAACUACACACCCACUCCUGAAGUCAUUUGUUUACCGCUGUGACUGCACACUGGGUCCAGAUAAUGUUCAUUCCUGGCGCUGCAUCAGGAUAACAGACCUGAAUGCAAAUUUUGAGCAUGAAUAGCAGCAGCGAAUGGAAAAUGCAAAGUAAAGUCAUUUUUAGACAGUUCAGCUGUCUGAUUUCAACAAGGAAACUGUGAGGUUAAUAUGAAUAUGCUGCAGGAAGCGGGCAGAGCAUUUUGACGAGAUGGGAUUAAGGUUACAUUUCCUUCACUGGGUCAUUGCACACAGUUUUCUUGAUGUACCAUUACAAAUUCAUGCUAUUUCAGGUUUUAUGCAAUGAUAGACAAUACAAUGUUGUAAAGACUACUGGUUUAGAGCUAAGAAGUAAAAACACUGAAAUACUGAUCUCUGCUCACCUGAAACCGACAGUACUGUAAGAAUGUAUUUUUGGUCAAAAUCCACUGUUAGAAUUUUUUAUAGGGGUCUUAAACUUCCCAUGUAGCCAAACUUUUUUUAUUCUUCUGUAUUUGCACUUGUUUACAUAAGAUGUGCAAGUUUAAUAUAUGUGAUAAUGUCUACUGUUUCCACUGCAAAUGACUGUGAGAAUGUAAAUACUGUGAUCCUGCACCAGAUGUUUCAUGUAUAUUUUAAGCUUUUGGCAGCUGGCUUGCCUUUGGAAUAAACUAUUUCC